AUGCGCGCCGCCACUCUCUUCUUCCCAUUGGCCUUCGCCUUCGCUGCCAACGCAAUCAACCUCUCCAUUGGCCCCGACACUGUCUGCGGCGACAACUCGGUCGACUGCAGCAAUGGCUUCUGCUGCUCAUCCGGCAACAAAUGCGACACCUCGGGCACCGUCACCAAGUGCGGCAAUGACGGCACGCUCGCCCUCCCCUACGGCAUCAACAACCUCGCCUCUGCAGUCGAAAGCCAAGCCAAAUCCGCCAUCAACGACUUCCCUCUUUCAUCCCUCGUGGGUGACCUUGGUUCGCUGGGCACCGCAGUUCCAACAUCCUUCGCAGCAGCCCUUUCUUCCAUACUCUCGGACAAGAGUUUCCCAACCGAUGCAGCUGGAGUGUCGAGCCUGAUUAAUCUGGCUCCAUCUGCGGCCCGUCCAGCGGUGUCGAGCGCCCUUGCGGAUGUGAACAGUAUCCUUGGGGUUGAGACAUCUGGCUCGGGAAGUGGCCAAGCUCAGAACACGGGUGCUGAAGGUGCUGCUUCGAUGGUUGGAGCCAGCACGUUCGGUAACACGGCGGCGCUGGUAGGGAUGAUUUGGGGAGCUGCGGCCAUCGGAGGCGCGAUGUUGGUGUUGUAA